AUGUUGACAAUGACGACAGCAGACUGUUCACGUCGGCCAUUCACCGAACAAACGUGGCUGCGUGUUCCGGGAGUUCUUAGCUGUUCCGCGGCGGAGCGAGCGUGCAAGAAACGUCGUUCAGAUUGGAGGGAUUGGAACGUUCGGCGGGAAUGUAUAUCAGAACAUCGUUCCUCUCAAUCGAACAGAAGCAGUGGCGGCGACAGCAGCAGUAGUGGCAGCAUCAGUACCACGGUAUCUGUUAUCCAUCAAUGCAAUAUUGCAGCUAUCACAACCAGAAAUAAUGGAUGGUACUUGCUCUGA